ACACAAGUCAGUCAACACAGUGUGAGUGCAGUCUGUAUUGUGUGAGCCAUCAGUUGCCGGCCUUUCACUCCAAUUCACACAUCUCUUCAUUGUUUGAUUCAAACACUUAUUAAACGACACUGUCGACUACAAUGGGAAAGACUAAGUCGGACGACGAGACGGAGCCGAAGACAGCUGAGCCCAUGGAGGAGGACGACCAGGAAGAGGAGUAUGUGGUCGAGAAGAUCCUCGACAAGAGGACUCGCGGCGGACGAGUGGAGUACUUCCUGAAGUGGAAGGGCUAUAGCGAAGAGGACAACACGUGGGAACCGGUGGAGAACCUGGACUGUCCCGAUCUGAUCGCCGAAUACGAAGAGCAGCGCAAGAAGAAGAAGCAGGAAAUCAAAGCCAAAGAGUCGUCCGAAGGGCUGAAGGAUCCCAAGAAGUCGGAGAAGAAGUUAGAGAAGUCGAAGCCGACGGACACCGAGAAGAAGAAGAAGCGCGAAGAGGAGGCGAAACCGCGCGGUUUUGAUCGUAAUUUAGAUCCCGAAAAGAUUAUCGGCGCCACCGAUGCCUCCGGAGAACUCAUGUUUUUGAUUAAAUGGAAAGACUCAGAAGAAGCGGAUUUGGUUCCGGCAAAACUCGCUAAUGUUAAGUGCCCGCAAGUGGUGAUCAAGUUUUACGAAGAGAGGCUGACCUGGCAUUCAAGCGGUGCCGACGACGGCGCCGACAAAGAGAAGGCUUAAACACAUUUACCAUUUAUUAGAAACAAAACCAUUUAUUUGACAUUUUUUUAACAAAUCAUUAAUUUUUCGUUCAAAACGCUUUAAAAAAGUGAAUUUCAUGUAAUAAUACGUUCAGAUCUUUUCAGAAAUUAUUUGUAAUUAAUAUUUUGAUGUUUUAAUAAAAAAAAUCAAUUUUUCUGGAA